AUGUGCUUGACAGCACAUGCCGUUUGGCUUGUCUUAGAACUCACUUAUUACUGGUCGGUAAAGAUUUUUAGUUCAUUGGUCGACAUUUGUUUUGUGUGCCUUGGGUACAUUGAGGAGUCGUCUGGUCAAAAGCAGUCAAGUCACGAUGAUGGGAAGAAAAGUGGAAAGGCGAAAAAGAGGGAAUUUGAGCCUCCAAUUCCGACCAGAAUGGGGAAGCACAAGCGAUCUAAGGGGCCUGACACGGCUAACAAGCUCCCACAGGUUACGCCUCACACCAGAUGCAAACUCCGUUUGUUAAAAUUUGAACGGAUUAAGGACUAUUUAUUGAUGGAAGAGGAGUUCAUCAAAAACCAAGAACGUCUCAAAACAGAUGAGGAGAAAAAUGAGGAGGAGAGGUCAAAGGUCGACGAUCUUCGAGGCACUCCGAUGUCUGUGGGCACUCUUGAGGAGAUAAUUGACGAUAAUCACGUCAUCGUGUCAACUUCAGUUGGCAGCGAACAUUAUGUUAGCAUCCUUUCUUUCGUUGACAAAGGGAUACUCGAACCUGGUUGCUCGGUUCUUCUAAACCACAAAGUUCAUGCCGUUGUUGGCGUUCUCACAGACGAUACAGAUCCCAUGGUGACAGUGAUGAAACUUGAGAAAGCUCCUCAGGAAACUUACGCUGACAUUGGUGGGCUGGACGCACAAAUUCAGGAGAUUAAAGAGUCCGUUGAACUUCCCUUAACCCAUUCUGAGCUCUAUGAAGAAAUGGGCAUCAAACCUCCCAAAGGUGUCAUCCUCUACGGUCCUCCUGGAACAGGUAAAACCCUUCUGGCUAAAGCUGUUGCCAACCAAACGUCUGCUACCUUUCUUCGCGUUGUUGGUUCGGAAUUAAUUCAAAAAUAUCUCGGUGACGGUCCGAAACUCGUUCGAGAGCUCUUUCGUCUGGCGGAAGAAAAUGCACCAAGUAUCGUCUUCAUAGAUGAGAUCGAUGCAGUAGGAACAAAACGGUACGACUCGAACUCAGGGGGUGAACGAGAAAUCCAACGUACUAUGUUGGAACUACUCAAUCAGUUGGAUGGUUUUGAUUCGCGUGGCGAUGUCAAGGUCAUAAUGGCGACGAAUAGGAUUGAAACCCUCGAUCCUGCGCUUAUUAGACCAGGCAGAAUUGAUCGCAAGAUUGAGUUCCCCCUACCGGACGAGAAAACAAAGAGACGUAUCUUUACCAUUCACACGAGUAGAAUGACUCUUGCUGAAGAUGUUAAUUUGGAGAACUAUGUCACCUCUAAAGAUGAACUUUCCGGCGCCGAUAUUAAAGCCAUGUGUACGGAGGCAGGAUUGUUGGCACUGCGUGAGCGUCGAAUGAAAGUGACAAACGCGGAUUUCGAGAAGGCUAAGGAGAAUGUUCUUUAUCGGAAGAGUGAGGGAACACCAGAAGGUCUUUAUUUGUAA